AUACAACAGCAGCAUUACAUUUUCUUCAUUCUUCAUUCGACUUUGAAAGGUUGCAACAAUGACUUUAUUUAAAUUGAUUGUAUUGUUUUUAAUUACAACUUCAAAUGCACAUAAAUGGAAAUAUCUGGAAAAUGUAAUAAAUUACUUCUAAAUUUAAUGAAAUAAAUUGAAAAAUGAGUUGUUUUAGAUGAUGGAACAGUUCUGCAAGAAACUUAUGGUGGAAACAUUCAUCAUGCACUUUAUCACAUUGUUAAAGGUUUCCCAGCCAAGUCUCUAGCAAUAAUCUAUGAUAAAAACACAGAUGGUGUUUUUAUAACGAAUCUUAUCGAUUACUUGUUAAAAAAUGAUCUUUCAAUCUAUUCCUUCAACAUUACAACCCCGAACAGCAAGACACAUACUUUGCUUUCAUUAAAACAACUGUAAACAAUUAUUAUGAGUUGUACACUGUGCAUUUCUGUACAGACAAGCUAUCAGAACAUAUUCUCAUUGAAGUAAGUACAAAUUUAUUGAUUGUUCUUAAAAUUUUAUUGCAAAUAUUAAAAAUUCAAGUUGUAUGAGAGUAAACUAAUCAGACGCAACUUAAUCUUCAUGUUUUACUGGGGCGAUCGCAAAAUGUAUCGUUUUUUCAUCCGUAAUAUGCAUGAAACUAUGCGUAUUAUUGUCAUUACAAACCCACGACGAGAUGCUUAUAGAUUAUAUUAUAAUCAAGCGACUUCUUAUAAACGACACAAUCUGAAAAUGAUCAAUUGGUGGAUACAAGGACGUGGGCUGUUUCAUCAUCCAACACUACCGAAUGCCAGGGAGACUUUUAAGGAUUUUCAUGGACGUGUUAUUCAAGUUCCAGUAAUUCAUAAGCCACCAUGGCAUUUUGUAAAGUAUACAAACGAUUCAGCUGUGGUUCUUGGUGGAAGAGAUGACAAACUCUUAAAAGUAUUGGCAAGACGUUUAAAUUUUCAGUUUGAAUACUUUGACCCGCCUGAACGUAUCCAAGGAACUUCUUUCAACAUAAACGGAACAUUCGACGGUGUCUUGGGUUUAAUCUGGGAGAAAGAAGUAGAAUUUUUCAUUGGUGAUAUUGCUUUAACUGAGGAUAGAUUCAAAGCCGUAGAGUUUUCGUUUCUGACUUUAGCUGAUAGUGGCGCGUUUAUAACGCAUGCCCCGAGUAAACUAAACGAAGCUUUGGCUUUGAUUCGACCAUUUAAUCCUCAGGUUUGGCCAGCGAUAAUCAUUACUGUUUUGUUGUCGGGGCCAGUUUUGUAUUUGAUUAUCGUCCUGCCAAACACUUGGCAUCCGAAAUUUAUUGUACAGGAUCAUGGCCGCUUGUUUUUCGACUGUUGUUGGUAUACAGUUGGCAUAUUUUUCAAACAAACUGGACGGUCUCCAAGCGAGAGUCACAAAAGUAGAUUUAUUAUCAUUUUAUUGGCGGUUUCGGCGACAUAUGUGAUUGGUGAUAUGUACGCUGCCAAUUUAACGUCUUUAUUGGCUAGACCUGGACGAGAAAAACCUAUUGAAAAUUUAUGGCAGCUUGAAAAUGCUAUGGCAACUAAAGGAUACAAAUUGUUGGUGGAAAAAUUCAGCUCGAGUUACAGCUUGCUUGAAAAUGGUACUGGAAUCUACGGUAGGCUUUGGGAGAUGAUGAAUUGGAACAUCAAAUCACCAAACUCUUAUCUUGUUGAUUCGGUUGAAACUGGUGUGAAGAAUGUGCGGGAUAAUCUUAAUAUAGCUGUGAUGGCAGGACGGGAAACCCUAUUCUUUGAUACUCAACGUUUUGGUUCUACGAACUUUCACUUGAGUGAAAAAUUAAACACAGCUUAUUCCGCAAUUGCACUUCAACUUGGUUGUCCUUACAAAUGGAACUUUAACAAUAUUCUUAUGGGUAUAUUUGAGUCUGGUAUUCUUACCAAAAUGACAGAAGAUGAAUACGAAAAUUUGGGUAAACAACAAGUUGCAUCUGCUGAAUCUGCUCCACCUCCGCCUCCAGGCCCGCCGGGUUCUUCACCAUCAGAAGAAGAAGAUGAUGAUCAACAACUGAACAAAAAGCAGGAUGAUGGAUCGCAGAGGUUGCAGCCGUUGAAUAUUAGAAUGCUUCAGGGUGCUUUUUAUCUUUUGGGCAUAGGACAUUUGAUUUCAGGAAUGGUGGUAGGUCUGGAAAUACUUUGUUUUAGACAUAAUAGCAGUAUUAAGAGGAGGCACCGAAAGUUUGGUGUUAUGCAUAAAACUAUGAAGCGUAUCAAGUUGUUUUGUAUGAGAAUUGUGAAUUAUAUUAGGAUGAAAUUUAGGGAAGCUAUGAACGACGCCAUUAUUGCCACUUUGGAUUAUAUUGAAUAAUUGUUUAAAAUUGUUAAAUUGUUGUUGUUUAAGCUUUGGUGUGUUUUAAUUGUUGGUUUAUAUUGAAGAA